GAACAUCUUACGGAUAUUCAUCACUUAACAUUCAAAACAAAAUCAAACCAGAAUGGCAAAGCUAAUUCUCUCGAUCAACGCUGGCUCAUCAUCUGUCAAGGUCUCUGUCUUCAAGGGCAGCUCUAAAGAUGCUGAGCCCUCUCAACUGGCCGAGGUGUCUGUCGCUGGAUUAACUGCACCUCCUUCAACGCUCACAUACAAGCGUGGAGAUCACAAGAUCAAGGAUCAGGAAAUCGAGGGUGUCAGAACUCAGGAAGACGCGUUCAGUUAUAUUCUCGAGCACCUGCUGAACGACGACGACUUGCCCGACCUAAAGAACAAGGAGGACAUUGAAUUCGCAUGUCACAGAGUGGUUCACGGAGGUGACUUUGACAAGCCCACGAGAAUUGACAAAGAAACCUACCAUCAUAUUGAGGAGCUUUCUGACCUUGCACCUCUCCACAAUGCAGGUGCUCUCACCAUUGUGAAAGCGGUUCAUGAACAGUUGCCCAAAGCAACCAACGUUGCUUUCUUCGAUUCCGCGUUCCACUCUUCUAUUCCUGAGCACAUCCGAACAUACCCUAUUGACCAAGAGCGAGCAAAGCACAAUAAGCUUCGCAAGUAUGGCUUCCAUGGUCUCUCAUAUGCAUUCAUCGCCAGAUCAGUAGCAGAGUCUCUGAACAAGCCUGCGGACUCACUAAACAUAAUUGCUCUUCACCUAGGUAGUGGCGCCUCUGCAUGUGCCAUUGUCAACGGUAAAUCUUUCGAUACUACCAUGGGCCUGACCCCUCUGGCAGGUCUCCCAGGUGCAACCAGAUCAGGCUCAGUCGACCCAAGUUUGAUCUUCCACUUUACGCACAAUGCUGGAAAGCCUAGUCGUAGCAGCACCAAGGAUCUGCACAUUACCGAGGCCGAGGAGAUCCUGAACAAGAAGAGUGGAUGGAAUGCUAUCGCAGGCACCACUGACUUUGGUGUCAUCAGUUCGAAGGCAGAAGAAGGCGACAAGGCAUGUCAGCUCGCCUUUGACCUGUUUGUCGACAAGAUCUUGAACUUUGUGGGUGGCUACUACGUCAAGAUGGGUGGCAAGGUCGACGCUCUGGUCUUUGCUGGUGGUAUUGGAGAGAAGGGAAGUCAACUGCGCGCUCGUGUGACCGAACAGCUUGGUUGCGUAGGCUUCGAGCUUGACGCAGAGAAGAACAGAAAACCCGAGGACAAGGAAGUGGUGGAUAUUACAAAGUCAGGAUCGAAGCACAGGGUCCUCAUCUGUCAGACCGACGAGCAGACUGAGAUGGCAAGACAAUGUGCGCAGAGCGCCGACACCUUCCGAAAGAAUGCCUAG